AUGGGCACAUCAAGCACUGACAGCCAGCAAGCUGGGCACAGGCGAUGCUCAACCUCUAACACAUCGGCUGAGAACCUCACCUGCCUCUCCCUGCCUGGGAGCCCUGGCAAGACAGCUCCUCUCCCAGGCCCAGCACAGGCAGGCACUGGACAGCUACUUCCUGAGGGGUGCGCGGCCGUCCGGGCAGAGGUGGGUAUCCCUGCACCUCACACCUCUCGGGAGGUCAGGAUCCACAUCCGUCGCCUGCUUUCCUGGGCUGCCCCUGGGGCUUGUGGGCUGAGAUCAACCCCUUGUGCCCUGCCCCAGGCCCUCCCUCAGGCGAGGCCCUGCCCAGGCAGGUGGUUCUUCCCUGGCUGUUCCCUUCCAACAGGCGGGGCCCAGACCAUCCUAUCUCUUUGGACCUGGAGACAUUUCCUUAACUGGGCUUUGCAGCGGAGGGAAGAGAACAGUGGCAGAGCCAGGCGCGUACCUCCUGUACCCAGGACAGCACCUGUAAGCAAGGGGGAAGGGAACCACCCACCCCAGAACUCAAAUGGAGAGAAAGUCAAGACAAUCACCCCUGACGUGGGGCUGCACCAACCCCUGACGUCUGACCCCACUGUGGCUGUCCUCAGAGCCAAGAGGGCUCCAGAAGCCCACCCGCCUCGAAGCUGUUCAGGGAGCCUCACGGCCCGUGUUUGCCACAUGGGUGUGUGCCAGGGCCAAGGGGACACAGAAGAUGGCAGGAUGACACUAAUGGGGUGA